ACUCGUUCGACUGAACCAGUUGAGAAUCGAACGUUGAUCUGAUUGGAUGUGUUACUUUGCGCGUAAUGUUAUUUCAAAUGAGUGUGGGAUGAAAGUGAUCGAAUUGUGUACAUAGUUUGUUAUUGCAAAUUUGUUUCUGCGAAAUUUUCUCGACUUGUGGGCAGGAAAGUGAGAAAGUUCCUAGCACGGCUGCGGAUAAACAAUUGAACAUAUGAUUUGAGAGCAGGAGGGGGUGUGAAUUCAUAGAGAUUGUGUACAUGUGAAGUGCGAACUUCUGAUCCUGCUUAAUUUGUCCCUUCAUCGAGCGGUCUCGUCUGAACGUGACUUUCAUCGAAUACACUCUAUUCUUUAUCGGUGCGCGGUAAAAUAUACGAGUACAUAAGGCAUACAUCGAACUAAAGUUGUUGUUGCUGUUGCGUUCGCUUCGCAAUAUAUGCAAGGUGCAGUGCAGAGAAGUGAAAAAUUGCCACUUGAGCUACAUCCUUUCACAAAAAAUUCACCGGGUAUGGCCAAAAUGAUGCCAUUGAGAAUUUUUGGUAGCCAAUCCAUAAUGUUGGCAUUAUUUUUUACACUAGGAAUUAUCAUCAUUCAGCUGUCCACAAUAGACGCCUGUAGUUGUCAACCUGUACAUGCUCAGACAGCCUAUUGCGAUGCAGAAUACGUUAUUGUUGUUCAGGUGCUCAGGAAAUCCAACCGAAAGUUAGAUGGCAACAACGUUUAUAAAAUUGCCAUAAAGAAAGAAUACAAGAUGACUCCUCACGCCGAGAAGCUUUUGAAGCAAGGGAAGCUUAUUACGCCUGCAAUGGACUCAUUGUGCGGCUUGCAUCUCGAAGCAAACCAACUGUAUGCGAUCGCAGCUAAAGACGUGCAUAUAGGCCUCUGCAAUAGUUUUGUGCGCAAGUACUCGGACCUGACGAUCGUCGAGAAACGCGGUCUCGCUGGAAUUUAUCGCAAAGGUUGUCCGUGUACGAUAAAACCGUGCUUCACGUCUAACUGCAAUGUGUCGAUCGGAUCCUGCAAUUGGACGCCCUGGGCAGCUUGCGAGUCGGAUUACGGAUCCUGCAUACCAACACGGGGACACUUGGUAGACGGAACCCCAUCAAAGUGCCACUGGCGUCGGUCACCAAUGUAUCAAAAAUGUAAAGCGAACUCUCGAGAAUGAGCCAGCAAACUUUCUUGUAAUGUUCUUACCUUGCUGUAAUUAUUUAUUCUGUAUAAUCACUAUCUCUUCAUUACUAUUUCUAGCUUUAAAUUUGAUUUUUUUUUUGUAAUUACUAUUUUAUAUUUACUAACGAACUAUUUAUUAUCAGAGAAGAAAUACUAUUUAUUAUUCAAACAAUGAUGAUGGAAUAAAUUAUCUGCACGUGAUGCCAUGGAAAAGUUUUUGCAUUGGAAUUAAGAGACACAGGUUCUAAAUGCUUUCGAAAACUGUUAUGUUUAGUACAAAUUAAUGAUAAUGAAUAUUGGUUGUAUGAGUUUUGAAGACAUGAACGGAAAUGGAAAUAAAAUAAAUUAUUAUAAUUCGAAAA